CCACUUUUGUUUGAUUUUGAGCCAUUUCAGGCCGGUUUUUCCCCAUUUCGGGGUCGAUUUUUUUUUUAUAUUUUAAUUUUUUUUCCCCUCCCUCCUUUUUUUCUUUCCCCCCUCCUCCUCCUCCUCCUCCUCCUCCUCCUCCUCCGGCAAAGUCCGGCCCCGGCGAGGCCGAAGGUCACCCCCAAGGCUCCCUCUGUCCUUCCUCCUCCUCCCUAAAAAAACCCCCAAAAAAUCCCUUUUUUCCCUCAUUUUAACCCCCUAUUUUUCUUGUAUUUUUCACCCCAAAAAAAACACGAAUUCCGGAUGGAAUCCGGCCCCAAAAACCGCGGAAAAAACCCCAAAAAAGAGGAAAAAGAGGAUGAAGAGGAGGGAGGAGUGGCACUGAAAAAGGAGAUCGGGCUCCUCAGCGCCUGCGGGAUCAUCGUGGGGAACAUCAUCGGCUCGGGGAUCUUCGUGGCGCCGCGGGGGGUGCUGGCGCACGCCGGGGCCGUGGGGCCGGCGCUGCUGAUCUGGGGCCUGUCGGGCGCCGUCACGGCGCUGGGGGCGCUCUGCUACGCCGAGCUGGGCGUGGCCCUGCCCCGCCCCGGCGGCGACUACGCCUACGUGGGCCACGCCUUCGGGCCCCUCGUCGGAUUUUUGCGCCUGUGGAUCUCGGUGCUGGUGAUUUACCCGACCAACCAGGCGGUCAUCGCGCUGACCUUCGCCAACUACGUCCUGCAGCCGCUCUUCCCCACCUGCGGCACCCCCGAGCCCGCCCUGCGCGUCCUGGCCGCCGCCUGCCUGCUGGUGCUGACGUGGGUGAACUGCGGCAGCGUGCGCUGGGCCACGCGUGUGCAGGACGUGUUCACGGCCGGGAAGCUCCUGGCGCUCGCGCUCAUCGUCGGCGCCGGCGCCGCGCUCAUCGCCCGCGGUGAGCACGAGUGGCUGCGGCCCUCGCGGGCGUUCCCGGCGGGGCCGGGGCCGGGGGCGGGGCCGCUGUUCCUGGCCUGUCUCCAGGGAUCCUUCGCCUACGGUGGCUGGAACUUCCUCAACUACGUCACCGAGGAGCUGCGGCAGCCACGCAGGAACCUCCCCCUGGCCAUCGGCAUCUCCAUCCCCCUCGUCACCUUCCUGUACGUGGCGGCCAACGUGGCGUACCUGGCGGCGCUGAGCCCCCGCGAGAUCCUGCAGAGCCCCGCCGUGGCCGUGACGUUUGGGGAGAGGGUUUUGGGUCCCCUGGCCUGGGUGAUGCCUCUGGCCGUGGCUCUCUCCACCUUCGGCGGCGUCAACGGCUCCCUCUUCACCUGCUCCAGGCUGUUCUACGCCGGCGCCAGGGAGGGGCAGCUGCCGGCGCUGCUGGCCAUGAUCCACGUGCGGCGCCACACGCCCGUCCCCGCCCUGCUCCUCACCUGCGUGUCGACGCUGCUGAUGCUGGUGACGGGCGACAUCGACACGCUGAUUAAUUACGUGGGGUUCGUUAAUUACCUGUGGUACGGCGUCACCGUGGCCGGGCUGCUGCUGCUGCGCCGCCGGGAGCCGCGGCUGCCCCGCCCCAUCAAGGUGCCGCUGCUGUGCCCCGCCCUGUACCUGCUGUUUUGGGGGGCUCUGCUGCUGUUCUCGCUGUGGACGGAGCCGUUGGUCUGCGGCAUCGGUUUGGCCGUCACCGCCACCGGGGCUCCCGUUUACCUGCUCUGCCUGCGGGGGGGACCCCGGCCCCCCGCCCUGCGCCGCGCCCUGGCCCGUCUGACGCUGUUCGGGCAGCGCCUCCUGCUGGUGGUGUACCCGGGGGGGGGAGGGGCUCCCGAGCGCCCCUCCCCCACCCCCGAGCCCCUCAAACGCCCCUCCCCCACCUAAACCACGCCCCCUUCUUUUUAACCACGCCCAUUUCCCUUUAAACCACGCCCCCUUCCAUUUAAACCACGCCCCUUUCCCUUUAACAAUGCCCAUUUGUCUUUUAGCCACGCCCCUUUCCCUUUAAACCACGCCCCUUCCCCUUUAACCACGCCCAUUCCCUUUAAACCACGCCCCUUUCCUUUUAACCACGCCCCUUUCCCUUUAACCACGCCCCUUUCCCUUUAAACCACGCCCCUUUCCCUUUAACCACGCCCCUUUCCCUUUAAACCACGCCCCCUUCCCUUUAAACCACGCCCCCUUCCCUUUUAACCACGCCCCUUUCCCUUAAAACCACGCCCCCUUUCCCUUUAAACCACGCCCCCUUCCAUUUAACCACGCCCCUUUCCCUUUAAAUCACGCCCUCUCCCUUUUAACCACGCCCCUUCCCUUUAAACCACGCCCCUUUCCCUUUAACCACGCCCCCUUUCUUUUAAACCACGCCCAUUCCCUUUAAACCACGCCCCCUUCCCUUUAGCCACGCCCCCUUCCUUUUAAACCACGCCCCUUCCCUUUAAACUACGCCCCCUCCCUUUAGCCACGCCCCUUCCCUUUAACCACGCCCCCUUCCCUUUAGCCACGCCCCCUUCCCUUUAAACCACGCCCCUUUCCCUUUAAACCACGCCCCUUCCCUUUAGCCACGCCCAUUUCCUUUGGCCCCGCCCAUUUCCUCCAUUUCCCUCUUUGGCCCCGCCCCUUUCCCUCAUUGGCCACGCCCCCUUUCUCUUGGCCCCGCCCCUGAGCCCGGCGGGGCCGCCCCUCCCCCACCCGGUGCCUCAAUGGGGGCGUGGCCUCAGUCCCCGCCCCCUCGGUGACGUCACGGGCAGAGCCGGCUCCGCCCCUUCAGCUGAUUUGAAUAAGGGGCGUGGCCUGGGAAUAAAAUACCUUUGGCAAAAAAAA